GGCUCUGUCGAGAAGGGAAGCCGUGGCGGCUUGUCCCAGGCCCAGCGGAAGCAGGCGGGCAGGAAGUCGCCCCUGCACCUUGCUGUGCUGCUCGCAGAGAGUGGGGGGGGCCCUGCCUUUCUAACCCAGAGGCUGCUCAGCACCCCACGUGCACAGCAACGGCCGAGCAAGACCCUCUUGCGGCUCCGGCCGCUUGGCGGCGCCCAAGUCAGGGAGGGUACAGCAUCAGCUGACUGCCACCCCCAGGGCUGGGGCUCUUCUGCAGGGUCCAGGAGGGACGCAGCAGCCCAGGGCACCCCACGGUCAGAUCAUCUCCUCAGUCGCUGUCCCGGUCCAGGUGGGCGAGGCUGGGAGGCUUCAUCACUCUGGGAAGAAGCCCAGUGCAUGGGGGAGCAUCCCCCCAGGAUGGACAUGCCAGGAUUGGCUGGGGGAAGCUGACAGAUCCAGCAGGACCAGCUACGAGGGAUCCAGUGGGAUCAGCUGGGGAUCCCCCAGCCGCCCCGUGGGACACGGACUUGUAGCUUCCUCACCUGCUGCUGGGAAUGGAGCCAGUCGCUGCCCAGACCCCCCACCUGGGCCCUGGCCAACCACAGCCUAGGAGCUGGGCCACCGCAGCCAGGCCUUGGCGAGCUGGGAGCUGUGACAGCCCACAGGGGCCGGGGCUCUCCCCGCGUUUCCAAGUGAGGCCCCUGCAGGAGGCGUCGGCCCAGAGGCCCCUUGACCUCCCGAGCCUCAGCCUGCAGGAGCGGAUCAGGUUCUUCCAGAAGAACUUGGCCGCAAGCGAGGAACCUGCCCCCCGGCGUCUCCAGCCCCCCAGCCCCAGGGCCUGGGGGAGGGGGGGCCAGGAGCUGAGGUCCAGUGGCAGGGUCUGGCCGCCCCGCAGGAGUGAGGAGAGAGUCCCGUCCAGCAGGGACCCAGCCCUGCGCCCCAGCAGCUCCGGGCCCCCUGCCCGGAUGGAGCCAGCUGGGGAAAUGCAGCCUCCCCCCGUCAGGGGCAGGGGCAUCAGUGUGGGGCCAGGCUGCUCCGUCAGGCAGCAGGUUCGCUCCUUUGAGCUGCGCUUCGGGGCGAGCCAGGCUUCCUGUGCGGCUGCUGCCCCCCGGGGCAGAGGCAGGCUGACGGGCAGGCAAAGCCAGGCAGGCUGGAGCAGGGAGCUGGAGCCAUGGCCCCCUGGGAAAGGGCAACAACUCUCAGCCCUGCCAGCCAGGCUGUGCCUGCCGCAGCCGGAGCCACCAGCCCCUGAGCAGCCCCAGGGGGGCAGGAGAGCAGGAGCCAGGGCCCCGGGGCUGCCCCAGACAGAGCCACCGGCCCCUGAGCAGCCCCAGGGGGGCAGGAGAGCAGGAGCCAGGGCCCCGAGGCUGCCUUGGACCCCCACAGAUGCCAGCAGACCCAAGGCGGCCUGGGGGGAAGGUCCAGCUGGUGAGGGGCUGCCAGGGGCCGGGCCUGCUGGGGGGCCUUCCCAGAGUCACCUGCCCAGGUGCAGCCCCUUGACAUCCUCCCCGCUCCCCACAGAGGCCAGGGCCCCAAAGCUGCCCCCGGCCCUGCCCCCUGCCCCCUGGGGCCUGGGGGAGUCCAACGGGGACGACUCUGACUCCACAGAGUCCUCACUCACCCAGCUGGACGGCAGGAGCUUCGCCCUCAGCGUGGCCGAGCUGAGGGAGUUUGGCCUGGACGAGGGACACUCAGCAUCACUGAACUCCAGCCUGUCCGGCCUGUCCAUGAUGUCCCUCAUCCCAGCCCAAGACCUGGAGCAGCUGCUGGAGGAGGUGAAGGGCCUGGGAGAUGAGAGCCAGCAGCACCUCCAGGAGAUCCAGGUGGUCGUGCUGCACAAGGACCAGGGGGCCGGGCUGGGCUUCAGCCUGGCAGGGGGCAGCGACCAGCACAAGAAGGUGACGAUCCACCGCGUCUUUGCCGGAGGCCUGGCCGCCCAGGAGGGCACCAUCCAGCCAGGGGAUGAGGUUGUCUCCAUCAAUGGGCACUCGCUGGCGGGCUGCAGCCAUGGGGAGGCGCUGCAAACGCUGCACCGGGCCCGGACUGCCCGGCAGGCCAUUGUGGUGCUGCGGAAGGGGGGAGUGGAUGGGCUCCCCAACGGCUCCCUCCCAGCACCGGGCCCACAGCCCCCUCCAUCAGCACCAGAUACCAUGGUGAGGCCCGUGCAGGUGGUGAAAGACGCCAACGGGCUCAGAUUCAGCCUGGACGGGGGACGGGGGUCGCUGCAGGGGGACAGGCCACUGACCGUCAAGAAGAUCUUCCAGGGGGGCCCCAAGGACCUUCUGCAGCCUGGGGAUGAGGUGCUCCAGAUCGGGGAGAGGAGCCUGCAGGGGCUGAUGCGGCUCGAGGCCUGGCAGCUCAUCAGGGCCCUGCCCAUGGGACCUGUCCAGCUCCUUGUGAGAGAGAAGGGAAAGCUCUGACAGCCGUGAGAUCUGCACCCAAACUGGACUUCAGCCCCCAACAGCGCCGGCGUCUCCAGAUGGCUGGGGCAGAUACAUGCCUCCCGCAGCACCAGCACAGAGAUGGUUUUCAAUGUGGGGGUCUUGUUUCCUGGGCCUCAGUUUCCCUCUCCAUACAAUGGGGAACAUAAUCCUG